AUAAAUUAAAAUAAAAAAAAUGGCCGAUCUUGGAAAAAAAACCACAUUUACCGACGGUACAAUCGCCUAAUAAAACUAAGGUUUAAUUGGUGGAGCCUUUAAAUAAACAUCAAAUUCUUCUUUUUUGGACGAAAGAUGUUAAUAUUUCGACUCUAUUUACGAAGAGUAAUAAAAAUUAUUGUCUGGAUGUGAAAAGCCUGAAAUAACCAUAACAUUAAAGGAUGGAAAAUAAUUAAAAGGAAGAGCUUUUGAAACUACCCCUUUAAUUAUUGCUACUGGUAUUUCUAAAAAAUUAGCCGAAAAUGUACACGCAGCUAAGAUUACUUAUACCAAAAAAUACGAAAACCCUUUAUCGAAAAUCGGUUAAUGUAUAGACCCUGAAGCUGACGAAAAUAUUGACGAAGAGUAAUGCGAUCUAUGCUGUGAUGGAGAAACUGAACGAAAAUUCGAAGUUUAUGACUUAACAAGACCUUUAGAAGGAGACUGUUAAUUAGAACUAGUAGAUUUUGAGGAUCCUUUAGGAAAAUAAGUUUUCUGGCAUAGUUCCGCACAUAUACUAGGAUAAUCAAUCGAAUUAAUCUACGGAGCUCAUUUAUGUAUUGGCCCAGCAUUAUCUUAUGGUUUUUUUUAUGAUUCUUACAUGGGAGAAUGCAAAAUAACCCAAAGUGAUUACAAAAACAUUGAAAAAACAGUCGAAAAAACUAUUUAAGAAAAACAGAAUUUCCAAAAAGUAUAUUUAACAAAAGCUCAAGCUUUGGAAUUAUUCAGACAUAAUCCCUUCAAAGUAUAAUUAAUAACUAAUAAAAUACCAGAAAACGCAAUUACUACAGCCUACAAAUGCGGAAAAUUAAUCGAUUUAUGCACUGGUCCACAUUUACCUAAUACUGGAAGAGUGAAAGCCUUUAAAGUUUUAAAAAACUCAUCUGCAUAUUGGCUUGGGAAGAAAGAUAAUGAUAUUCUAUAAAGAGUAUAUGGAAUUUCAUUUCCUUCUAAAAAGCAAUUAGAAGAAUACGUAAAAAUAUAGGAAGAAUUAGCCAAAAGAGAUCAUAGAAAUAUCGGAAAAUAGCAAGAAUUAUUUACUUUUCAUUAAUUUUCUCCUGGUUGUACUUUCUUUUACCCUAAUGGAGCUUGCAUAUAUAAUAAAUUAAUGGAAGUUUUACGUUAAUAAUAUUUAAUUAGAGGUUAUUCGGAGGUUAUUUCACCUAACUUGUAUGAUUCUUAACUAUGGAAAAUCUCAGGACAUUGGACAAAAUAUAAAGAAAAUAUGUUCCUCGUUAAUAGCGACAAUGAAAUUCAUGGAUUAAAACCUAUGAAUUGUCCAGGGCAUUGUCUUAUUUUUGAUUCAGUUUAAAGAUCAUACAGAGACUUACCUCUAAGAUAUGCUGAUUUUGGAGUUUUACAUAGAAAUGAAGUACAUGGGGCUUUGUCAGGACUUACUCGAGUGAGAAGAUUUUAAUAGGACGAUGCUCAUAUAUUCUGUACUAUGGACUAGAUUAUGGAAGAAAUUAAGAAUGCAUUAGAUUUUAUUGAUUAUAUAUAUAGUAUUUUUGGUUUUGAGUAUACUUUAGCAUUAUCUACGAGACCAGAGUGUUAUUUAGGGGAAAAAGAAUAAUGGGAUUAGGCUGAAAAUUCACUAAGAGAAGGGUUAAAUGCCUUCGGAAAGCAUUGGACUGUUAAACAUGGGGAUGGGGCUUUUUAUGGACCUAAAAUAGAUAUUUAAUUAUACGAUGCGUUUAAAAGAGGACAUUAAUGUGGAACUAUUUAAUUAGAUUUUAAUUUACCUAUUAGAUUUAAUUUAUAAUAUAGAGCAAAUGAGAGUAAAGACGAAAUCGAGUAAUAAAGAAAAAAAUAAGAAUAAUAAAGUAAAUAAUAAGGGGAUGAUAAUUUCCUUUUACCAGAAGAAAAAUAAGAACUAAAAAUUAUGGAGUAAGAAAUCGUAGAAGAAAAAAAAACUAAGAUGGAGGACAUUAAGAUUUAAGAGAAGUGCUUAGAGUAGAUAAAAAAUCUGUAGAUUAAUAAAAUAAUAAUUCUAAUAGUAAAUUAUAAUCUAAAGACGCAUAAUUUUCUUAAGAUACUUAACAUUCGCAUUAGAAUACUCAUUAAUCAGAUAAGAAAUAUGUUGUUAAUUAGCAUCAUCUUAAAUUAGGUUUUUAAAGACCUGUUAUUUUACAUAGAGCUGUAAUUGGGUCUUUUGAAAGAUUCCUGGCUAUUCUUUGCGAAUAAACUGCUGGAAAAUGGCCUUUCUGGCUUUCUCCUAAAUAGGUUAUUAUUUGUAGUAUAGUUAGUAAAGUUAGUGAUUUUUGCGAAAGUAUAAAAAUUCGUUUGAAAUUGGAAGGAUUUUAAGCUUAUGUCGAUGUUUCUGAAUGCACUCUUAAUAAAAAAGUUAGAAAUGCUUAAUUAGAAUAAUUCAAUUAUAUAGCAGUAGUAGGAGAAGAAGAAAAAAAAGGUUAAUAUGUAGAUUUAAGAGAAAGAGAUAAAUAAGAAAGAAUUGGUAAAUUCAGUAUAGAUGAAUUAAUUGCAUUCUUUAAAUCUAUUAAUAUUCCUCCUUCUAAAGCUGAAUAAAAUUAAUGGAAUAAAGCUUUCAAAAGUAGUAUUAAUGAAGAAUUCAAAAAAAUAGAUAAUAUUCUUUAAAAUUAAGUAUUUUUAUAAGAGGAAGGGUUUGAAUUAGGAGAUAUCGAUGUUUAAGAAUAUUAAAAAAUUAAAAAUUAACAUAUUGAUAGUAAAAUUUAUCCUAAUCUUCAUAGAUGGUUUAAAUUUGUUUAAAAAAAGUAAGAAAGUAAAUGAGAGGAGUUAUUAUUUUUCGGGGGAAUUUUUUCAAAAAAAAAUUAUAAUAAACAUAUUUAUGCUUAUAAUUA